CACUCUCCCUCGUCUCUCCCCUCUCGCUCCUGAUCUGGAUCGGGAAGGGGAGGAACGAGCGCCCUCAUGCCCGAACCCCCCCCCUCUCGCAGCCUCUCUCUCUCGCUCCCCAAUCCCACUCCCUCUCGAUCUCCUGCGCCCACCUCCGUCGCGGCAGAGCCCUCCGCCAUCGAUACCUCACCAUACACGGCCGCCCGUCGCUGCUCCCAGUGGCCUGGCGAGCCUCCCCGCGUCGUCACCGCCAGCGCCCCCGUGUUGUCCCGCAAGCAUCACCACCGACCGCUGCCCCUGCAACACGCCCCUGUCGCCAGUGUCGUGGCUGCUCCACGGAUCCCUUGGCCGCGCCCGGCCGGCGCCUGCCAGCGCGCGCUCGCCCAAGCCGCCGACACCGCCACUGUCGUGCCGCUGCUAUGGCGCCAUGCUGGCCUCCCCGAGCUUCUCGUCGACCACCCCAACAACUCCGAGACCGCUGCCGAUGUCCGUGUGUUCGACUACAUUGAAGAUGACCCUCCUUCUUGCCAGAUUACAGAUGCUUGUGAUAGGGGUUAA